GGAAGCACCUUAUCCAUUACCGCGAACUGAUGAGAACGCCACCGGAAUUUGCCCAUUUUCUCCAUUAAUUCACAAACCUUAAACUCUGCCACGAAGCCACGCUUAAAAGGUAAGAAUCUGUUCUGAGCUUUCAUAACUGUGCAAUAUUUCUUCUCCUAUUACACAUUGAUCAUUUGAUUCACAAACAAAGUUCACACACGAAUGCCACCAUGUUUUUGCUCCUUCAAUCCACCAUCAACCUCUAUCUCAAAGUUUAUCUCCGACCAACCAUUCCUGUCAAUGCUGGAAACCAACUGCCACACAAUCAAAGACCUGAAGAAAAUCCAUGCCCAUAUCAUCAAAACGGGCCUAGCGAAAGACGCCGUGGCUGCUAGCCGGGUCUUGGCCUUCUGCGCCACGGGCCCGGACCGGGACUUGGUCUAUGCGUUCUCAGUCUUUAGGCAGAUUGAGGAACCAAAUCUUUUCAUUUGGAAUACUGUUAUCAGGGGGUUCUCUCAGAGUUCAGACCCUCAUGUUGCGAUUUCACUUUUUGUUGAAAUGCUGGUGGACUCGAGAGUUCAGCCCGAAAAGCUCACUUAUCCAUCAGUUUUCAAGGCUUACACUCAGCUGGGGUUAGCCGAAGAUGGAGCCCAGCUUCAUGGAAGAAUCGUUAAACUAGGAUUGGAAUUUGAUCCGUUUAUACGAAAUUCGAUCAUUCACAUGUAUGCGAAUUGUGGGCUUUUGGGCAAUGCUUGGAAACUGUUUGAUGAAGAUAGAGAUUCGGAUGUUGUCGCUUGGAACUCGAUGGUUAUGGGCCUUGCAAAGUGUGGUGAAGUGGAGGAAUCUUGGAGAUUGUUCUGUAAGAUACCAUGUAGAAAUGAGGUUUCUUGGAAUACUAUGAUCAGUGGUUAUGUUAGAAAUGGGAAGUGGAUUGAGGCAUUGGAGCUUUUUUACGAGAUGCAGGAGAUGGGGAUUAAGCCUAGUGAGUUUACGCUGGUAAGUGUGUUGAAUGCUUGUGCGAAAUUAGGAGCUCUUGAACAAGGGAAAUGGAUCCAUGACUAUAUCAAGAAGAACGGUGUUGAGCUGAAUGUGAUUGUAAUUACAGCAAUCAUCGACAUGUACUGCAAGUCUGGAGACGUUGAGACGGCACGCCAAGUUUUUGUGACCACCCCAUGGAAAGGGCUGUCAUCUUGGAACUCAAUGAUGUUAGGCUUAGCAACAAAUGGCUUUGAAGAUGACGUAUUUGAGUUGUUCUUGGAGCUUGAAUCUUCAAAUCUUAGACCGGAUUCUGUGAGUUUCAUUGCGGUUCUAACAGCAUCCAAUCAUUCAGGACGAGUCGAUAAAGCAAGAGAGUAUUUUAAACUGAUGACAGAAACAUACAGCAUCGAGCCAACAAUGAAACACUAUGGUUGCAUGGUUGAUGUUCUAGGCAGAGCAGGUUUGAUUGAAGAUGCAGCAGAGCUUGUAAAAAGUAUGCCUAUGAAACCUGAUGCUAUUAUAUGGGGAUCGCUGUUAUCAGCCUGCAGUAGUCAUUGGUACGUUGACAGUGCUGAAUGGGCAGCAAGAAAUUUGAUAUCGUUGGAUCCUGAUGACACGAGUGCUCACGUAUUGUUGUCAAACGUCUAUGCAGCCUCAGGGGAUUUCAGGAAAGCAGUGCAGGAAAGGAUGACGAUGAAGAAGAAGCAGAUGGAGAAACAACCGGGAUGUAGUUUGAUUGAAGUGAAUGGAGAAGUACAUGAGUUCAUGGCCGGUGGAACAUAUCAACCGGAUAUAAUAGAGGUUUAGAACAGAACGUAGUUAACGGUCAUAUGUUAAACUUGGCUUACUAGCAUAUGUAAUACAUGAGAACAUACAAAUUUUUUCCGUUAUCUAUAGACAUCGAAAAUUGGGCAGGCUCGCAA